AUGGACACUCCCGGCGAUGCUCCUUCCCAGCCAAAUGAAACUAACCUCCCCGACCAAGCAAGUGUUGCAGAACAAGCCGACUUCAACAACCAUGGGACCAAUAUAGCGCAGUCAAAAGAGCUUGUUGAUUUUGUCAUUGGUUUCCUUUCUACUGCUAGCAAUGAAGUUCUGCUCGGCGUCUUUGCUGGCUUGGUGGGCACAACAUAUAUUCUCCUGGGAAGACUUGGUCUGCUCUUGAUCGGGGUAACCAGUGGCAUCGUCCUACAUGCGUCAUGGGAGGGGGCGAGCACUCAUUCCUCUAAAAAUGAACUGGAUUGCCGACUUCUUAAGAGAAGAGAAAUGGGAUUGGAUAUAGCUCAUAGGUUACUGGAUUGGUCCAAACGCAAUACCACAAGAAUUAAAUCAAACGAUAACCUCCAGAACCUUUCAAAUGAUGUGGUUGAAAUAGAACCGGGCUACACUUCUUUCCGUCCGAAGACAGCUGCCGCGUUGGAAUCACUGACCGAUGCGGUGAUCAGGGACUAUGUCAAUUGUUGGUAUGAAACGAUCUUGCCAUCCGAGAUGACGUUUCCUCUCUCCUGUCGGAGGACAUUGAUCAGUUUUGUCACCUCUGUGUCAACACACCUUUCACGUAAACGGCCAGCAGACACUUUUUUGGAAUUUCUCACAAAUUCAUCCUCCAUGUUAAUCGUAUUCCUGAAUGAGUUGUCUACAGCGAUUGAGACUAUUGGGCCUACCAUGACUCCGGAACAGAUUAUUCAGCGUUACCUAGAAUAUUCCCCGGAGAGCAGUUUGGCAAAUGUCUUAGCAGGCCAACAACAACAUAAGAAACUCAAUUUGAUAGCGGACGAUAUAUUGGCCAGCUUUUUGGAUCCGAAAGCGUAUGCACUGCCUCCUCUAAGGGAUUUCCUUCGCGAAAUAUUAGCGGGUGUUGUCCUUGAAUCCAUCAUCUCGAGUCUAUCACGUCCAGAGUUCAUCAAUGGAUGGAUCAUUCAUCUUCUUAGUGAAGGCGAUUCUGACAUCAUGAGUGCAAUCGAUGCCGGUGUUGAAGGGGCGCGAACUCAUGGUGUAACCGCAGCCAAGGAUUUCAAACAAGAGAAUAUGCCUCUUUCAACUCUGAAUGAAAAGGAAAUAGGUUCAGAGGCUGUUCACAUAGAUAAAGCAACUGAAGAAGCCAUGGUGGAAGCCAAGCGACUAAGUGCCAUGAUCGCAGCACAAGACUUGCACCAUCAAAAUGCUGAGCAGUUGGUAUACAAUGAUUUUCAAAUCCCAUUUUCAAGCGGAGAAGAUCCCACUUCACAGCCCUGUCAUGGGAAGGAAUGUGUUGAGCAUGAUACUAGAACGCAAUCAGUGGUUGAGAAUGUGAACGUCAAGCAGACUCAGAAGAUCCAUGAGCCUGCAUCUGAAAGGGCUUUCGAACUAAAUCCUGCAAGGCGACCCUCACCGUCUUCGCUACAUUCAGCAAGUUCCUUGUCGUUGAAUCAAGCAUCGGAGAACGACAUAAAUGCCACCUUGACUCUCCAUCGAGCUUCCAUAACGGUAGAUGAUGGCGUAGAUCUGGGGGGGAAGACAUUGCUACGAUCAAAACCUACAUCAAAUUACUUAGUCCAAAUUGAGCCGGCGUCUGCGUGCUGCACAGGAUGGAUGGUUUUCAGGAACUACACAGACUUCGAGUCACUCCAUGAGACAUUAGAAACGAUUUCGAGAUUGAACGGAGUUCAAAAGUUUACAGACGAUCACCCUAUCCUGCCUGCUUGGAAAGGACAGACAAAACAAGCAUUGGCGUGGAGUCUGGAGCGAUACCUCCAAGAUGCCCUUCAAUAUGAAUUACUCGCAGAGAGUGAAAGGAUGAAGCGGUUCCUUGAGAAGGGUGGAAGGCUUGGUCCUGCAUCUGCGGGCACAUCCCUAAAGGCUGGGUUCUCUUUCCCGAGUCAGGUUUCCCUCGAAAAUGUCGGAAAGGGGUUUCUAGGCGUCUUAGCAAAUGCACCCAAAGGCGUUUCCGAUGGCAGCAAGGCUGUUUUUGGCGGCAUGACCGGAGUGUUCGGCGUGAUGUCUGUUAAGAAGACUUCAUCAGAUAUGGUUACGAAUAGUCAUAAUCAUAAUACUAAUAUCCCUACGCAAAAUGAAAUCCUUCCGCGCAGGUCUGAAGACGCUGGAAAUCGGAGACGACAUUCACUGGAGCCAGAUAAGGGAACGGACGAUACUCAGCUAUCUUCCAGGUAUCAGAGGCAUAGUUCGCCACUGUUUGAAGCUGCGCCUGCUACCACGGCCAUGAAGGGAGCCAAACCCUGUCAGGACAUACCUCUUGGCAACCUGGCAGAAAAUGCAGAGAGCUCAAGCCAGGUUCCAGCCGCAGAAACGGAGCGAGUUACUGCUUCUUCUAGCUUGGAUUGCAAACAUCGUGGUUCGUUAGGACACUCUGCGGGUAGGCCUAGGGAGGAACAUACCCAUACCCAAAUAGAGGAGUGGGCGAAUACUACUGCACAAGAUAUUUCAGACGGCCGAGGCAGCCCUAUCACCCAAGAAGAAACCCGGAUAGCUGUGGAACUUAUUUUUGCAGUGAUAAAUGAAUUAUAUACACUGUCAUCUGCCUGGAAUAUACGCCGGACUCUGUUAAAUGCGGCGAAGUCAUACAUAUUACGCCCUGGAAAUCCAAAUAUAGAGACGAUUCGCAGCUUGUUGCAAGAAUCCAUGAUUGAGUCCAACACAUCUGAUGAAGCACUUGGUUUGUAUAUCACCAAACUUCGUGAGAACGUCCUCCCAACAGAAGCUGAAUUGAAGUCUUGGCCUUCAGCACCUAACGAUGCCGAAAAAGAGCGUCUAAGGGAUACUGCACGAAAAGCUUUCGUGCAGAAAGGGCUGCCACAGGCCUUGACAGGUGUAAUGGGAGCAGCUGCCAGUCGCGAAGCUCUUGAGAAGGUAUUCGAUAGUCUCCAGGUCCCAAUCAUUGCGCGAGGGCUUGUAUUUUCUGUUCUCAUACAGGCAUUGAGGUCCCUGAUUUUUUAA